AUGCUCUCCGUCCGCGUCCCGCUCGCCACCAUCGCUGACCCGCAGCAGCAGCAGCUCUCGCCCCUGAAGGGGCUCAGCCUAGCAGACAAGGAGAACACUCCCCCUUCCCUCAGCGGGACCCGCGUGCUGGCCAGCAAGACCGCGAGGAGGAUCUUCCAGGAGCCCUCCGAGCCGAACCCUAAGCUAUCUGCCCCCAGUGUGGAGGACGAACCACUUCUGAGAGAAAACCCCCGCCGCUUUGUCAUCUUUCCUAUCGAAUACCAUGAUAUUUGGCAGAUGUAUAAGAAAGCUGAGGCUUCCUUUUGGACAGCUGAGGAGGUGGACCUUUCCAAGGACAUUCAGCACUGGGAAGCCCUGAAGCCUGAGGAGAGAUAUUUUAUUUCCCAUGUGCUGGCUUUCUUUGCAGCAAGUGAUGGCAUAGUAAAUGAAAACUUGGUGGAGCGGUUUAGCCAAGAAGUUCAGAUUACCGAGGCUCGUUGUUUCUAUGGCUUCCAAAUUGCCAUGGAAAACAUACAUUCUGAAAUGUAUAGUCUCCUCAUUGACACUUACAUUAAAGAUUCCAAAGAAAGGGAAUUUCUCUUCAAUGCCAUUGAGACGAUGCCUUGUGUGAAGAAGAAGGCCGAUUGGGCCUUGCGCUGGAUUGGGGACAAAGAAGCUACAUAUGGAGAACGUGUGGUAGCCUUUGCUGCAGUGGAAGGCAUCUUCUUUUCCGGUUCUUUUGCGUCUAUAUUCUGGCUCAAGAAACGAGGACUGAUGCCUGGCCUCACGUUUUCCAAUGAACUUAUUAGCAGAGACGAGGGUUUGCACUGUGACUUUGCCUGCCUGAUGUUCAAACACCUGUUGCACAAACCUUCAGAACAGAGAGUAAAGGAAAUAAUCGUCAAUGCAGUUAGGAUAGAACAGGAGUUCCUUACGGAGGCCCUGCCUGUGAAGCUCAUUGGGAUGAAUUGCACUUUGAUGAAGCAGUACAUCGAGUUCGUGGCAGAUAGACUUAUGCUGGAGCUGGGCUUUAGCAAGGUUUUCAAAGUAGAAAAUCCAUUUGACUUUAUGGAAAAUAUUUCACUGGAGGGGAAGACUAACUUCUUUGAGAAGAGAGUAGGCGAGUAUCAGAGAAUGGGAGUGAUGUCAAGUCCGACAGAGAAUUCCUUUACCUUGGAUGCCGACUUCUAA